AUGACACAAGUUAUCUAUCAGCCACUAGUUGGUUAUAAUGAAUUAUUGAAAACAAUCGAUAAUGGUGGUUUUUAUGAAGUAAAACAAGCCAACAUAGCUAAUAUAACAUCAUUACAUAUUGAUGAUGUGGAUCAACUCUGUCAUUUACUUGAACAAUCAAUUAAAUAUAAUUCACAACUCAAAUAUAAAGAAAAAAGUCGUUACAUUUGCGAUGCUCUUAUUGAAAAUGAUUGGGGAAAAUUUGUGUUCGAAUUUAAUUGA